GCACGAGCCCUCGUGCAUGACAGCAGAGCUGCGAAUGAACGCGGAGACGGAUACAUACAGCCAGUGGGAGCGUCUCCGUGGUUUUAACUGUGUUUUUCAGUCAGUGACAUCUAAGGAAGAAACUGUUUUCAUUUUUUUUUUAAUCUAUUGAAGACAGCAAGGUAUAAACCGGAAACUUGUAACCCACUAAUUAGCUCUCGAAACUCUUACUUGUUUGUGUCCGCUACUCGUUUGCUACAAGGACGUGUUUUCUUUGGAGGGUAUUUUUUUUAAUCUUGCAUGUGGACGUUGCAUGAAUUUUAUCUCUCCGUUUUGACACCGUCCCGAGGACCCGCAUGAGGAUGGGGUGCACCCUAAGUGCAACAGGGGAUAAGUCGGCGAUGGAGCGCAGUAAAAUGAUCGACAAGAAUCUGCGGGACGACGGAGAGAAAGCCGCCAGGGAAGUCAAGUUACUCCUCCUGGGUGCCGGUGAGUCGGGGAAAAGCACAAUCGUCAAACAGAUGAAGAUUAUCCAUGAGGCAGGGUACUCAGAGGAGGAGUGUCAGCAGUACGCGGCGGUGGUCUACAGCAACAUCAUCCAGUCCAUCAUCGCCAUAGUCCGCGCCAUGGGCCGCCUCAAGAUCGACUUCGCCGACCCCGCCAGAGCGGACGACGCGCGGCAGCUGUUUGUGUUGGCGGGUUCGGCGGACGAGGGGUUCAUGACGGCGGAGCUGGCGGGCGUGAUAAAGCGCCUGUGGAAGGACGCGGGAGUGCAGACGUGUUUCGCUCGCUCCAGAGAGUACCAGCUCAACGACUCGGCGUCAUACUACCUGAACGACCUGGACAGGAUAUCACAGGCCAGCUACGUCCCCAACCAGCAGGACGUCCUACGGUCGCGUGUCAAGACCACCGGCAUCGUAGAGACCCACUUCACCUUCAAAGACCUCCACUUCAAGAUGUUUGAUGUGGGCGGUCAGAGGUCAGAGAGAAAGAAGUGGAUCCACUGUUUUGAGGGUGUUACCGCCAUCAUCUUCUGUGUGGCUCUGAGCGACUUCGACCUGGUCCUGGCCGAGGAUGAGGAGAUGAACCGCAUGCAUGAAAGCAUGAAGCUAUUUGACAGCAUCUGCAAUAACAAGUGGUUCACGGACACAUCCAUCAUCCUCUUCCUCAACAAGAAGGACCUGUUUGAGGAUAAGGUCAAGAAGAGUCCACUGACCAUCUGCUUCCCCGAAUACACAGGAUCCAGCACAUAUGAGGAGGCUGCUGCCUAUGUUCAGUGCCAGUUUGAGGACCUGAACAAGCGCAAAGACACCAAGGAGAUCUACUCCCACUUCACCUGCGCCACCGACACCAAGAAUGUGCAGUUUGUCUUUGACGCUGUCACUGACGUCAUCAUCAAAAACAACCUGAAGGACUGCGGCCUAUUCUAGAGCCAGUACAUUUCUGGGGCAGAUGGGGUCAGCUCAGCACGCUGUUUUUUGGGAACUCUGUGCGUGUACAAGGAGAAAAUCGGGAAGCACAUGCAUGGAACGGAAGCUCAUGAGUUCUGCAGCUUAAUUUAUCUCUGUCUGGGAACCUUUUAAGCAGAAUAUUUGUGUCUGAUGUUUGUAUAGUAACUAUUGCAGUGGUUUAUUCACAGAGCUAUUUUUUAAAGAAGGAUAUUUUAUUCAGCUUUAUUUUUUCCUCGUUUUGUUAAAAAAAAGAAGACUUGCCUCACUUUAGUAUAAGAAAAUAAUUUUUAUUUUCCCCAAAGAGGAAAAUGGUUGGUUCCUGAAUUUGGAUCAAGUUUGUGGUACUCGUGCCUUCUGCAUCUCUUUGUUAAACCAUUUUUUUACCUACUGGAAUCGUUCCAACAAAAGUGUAACUUUCAUAUAUUCCCCCUCCACCCCCACUCCAGAGAUUGUGGGAAUCUCGGCUGCUUAAGAGCUUAGACGUUGGUGGAAUUGUGACAGUGUGUCUACGACAGAGACGCCAAAGAGUCUCCCCCAUUUAGAACUGGAUGCGGUGCCUAAUUUUACUCAAUCUUCUUAGUAGGACAGCAGCCUUAUUUAAACCUAAACAGAGGUGUAGGCAGGACAGAGGAGGAAACUAACUCUGUCUAUUAGGGAGAACUGUCCAAUCAUAUGGAUUUUAAAUAGUUUUAAAGCCUUUUAGAAGAGGUGACAGCCUGAAAGGUGUCAGAGGUGCAGUUUUAAAAGCACAAAAGGGGGUUGCUGUGUUUAAGUGGGAGAACCUGUGCCUAGCACUGUCUGUAGCUCUGUUCCCUGUGUAAAGGGGACAUUUGUAGCCUCAUUUACCUUAUUUUGCUAAUAAAAACAUUAACAAUCUC